GAUCUGGAUGUCACACGAAACUUUACUUGGAAGACUUUCUCGCCGCACUUGAGCGCACAGCCUGCCCGCGGAGAGAGCGGAGCCUGCCUAUUUUUAGUCCCCCGAAAUCGGCACUCAAAUGGGGGGAAAUGACGCUGCGUGAAGGUUUCGCGAGGCCCAGCUCCCGAGUGACGCACCACGCGGUCAAGCAAAAGCAGUACUCGGCAACUUUCUUUGAGUCCACCGACGCCGACGAGUAGCACCGCCAUGGCCGCCCAGUGCGACGCUUUGAGCGGAUACUUGCAGCAGCAGCAGUCGGACCAUGGCUCCAACAGCGAGCGCAGCACAGACUCGCCUUUGCCGGGCUCCGAGGAGGACCUGAGCGGACCCCACCAGCUGGCCGAUCCGGAGUGGACUGAGGAGCGCUUCCGAGUGGACCGAAAGAAGCUGGAAUUCAUGUUGUUAGCUGCCUCAGAGGGGAGAGUCAACGGCGGGGAGGAUUUCUUCCAGAAGAUUAUGGAUGAAACACAAACGCAGAUAGCGUGGCCUUCCAAGCUCAAGAUCGGAGCCAAGUCGAAAAAAGAUCCUCACAUCAAGGUGUGCGGCAAGAGGGAACACGUCAGGGACGCCAAAGAGAGAAUUAUGUCAGUGCUCGAUACAAAGAGCAACAGGGUAACGCUGAAAAUGGACGUGUCGCACACGGAGCACUCGCACGUGAUCGGCAAGGGCGGCAACAACAUCAAGCGGGUGAUGGAGGAGACGGGCUGCCACAUCCAUUUCCCCGACUCCAACAGGAACAACCAGGCAGAGAAAAGCAACCAGGUGUCAAUCGCGGGGCAGCCCGGAGGGGUGGAGGCGGCUCGAGUUAAAAUCCGGGAGCUGCUCCCUCUCGUGCUGUCUUUCGAGCUGCCCGCCAUCAUGCAGUCGGACCCGAGCUCGCCCAGCGUGCAGGCCAUCUCGCAGACGUACAACCUGGCCGUGUCCUUCAAGCCCCCGACGCGUCUGUACAGGGCCACCGGCGUGGUGCGCGGCUCCCAAAACAACGCCAACGCCGUCAAGCGUGGCACAGCUCUGCUGCUGGAGCACUUGGCAGGCAGCCUGGUGAGCACCAUCUCGGUCAGCACCCACCUGGACAUCGCCCCCCAGCACCACCUCUUCAUGAAAGGCCGCAACGGCAGCAACAUCAAGCACAUCACCCAGAGGACCGGCGCCCAAAUCCACUUCCCCGACCCCAACGGCCCCCAGAAGAAGUCCACCGUCUACAUCCAAGGCACCAUCGAGUCGGUGUGCCUCGCCCGCCAGUACCUCAUGGGCUGCCUGCCGCUGGUGCUCAUGUUCGACAUUAAAGAAGACGUGGAGGUGGAGCCUCAGUGUAUCACGGCCCUCAUGGAGCAACUGGAUGUCUUCAUCAGUAUUAAGCCCAAGCCCAAGCAGCCCAGCAAGUCCGUAAUCGUCAAGAGCGUGGAGAGGAACGCCGUGAACAUGUACGAGGCCCGGAAGUUUCUGCUGGGCCUGGAAAACAACGGCGUAUCUUGCUACUCGCCAUCGGUGGCCGUCAACCCGGCCCCCAACGGGCCCUCGCCGUCCCUCGUCUGUCCCGUUGGCCUGGACAUCUUGGCCUCAGCUGGUCUGGGGCUCAGCAACCUGGGCUUCCUGGGUGCGGCGGCGGCCCACUCGCUGGCCAACUCGGCCGCCCCCAAUGCCGUCCUCAACACCCUCAACUCCUCCAUGAGCCCCCUGCAGGCCCCCAGCCCCGGCGCGCCCGCGCCCUCGCUCUGGCCCAGCUCGCUCACCAGUACCCAAGCCUUCUCGUCCCAGCUGAUGUUGCAUCCGGCCACCCACGCCACGCUGAGCAGCAUCUUGCUGUCUGGCGUGCAGGGUUACACGCAGAGCACGCCCUCCCCUCCACCGGGCCUGGCGCCCAUCGACAAGCAGUCCAACGGCGUCCCCGACUGCGCCAAGGCAACCUGCGCUCUCAACGGCCACAUUAAGCAUCCGGCUUCCGUCUACGGGAGGAUAUCCACCGCCUCACUUGCGGAGACGGUUCUGAGUCCGGCGCCGUGCGACUCGGUCCAAGAGGCCAGCGGACACAAUCCAUCAGAACCUCUGUCCAGCAAGUCCAGCACGGAUGAAGGCUCGGACACCUUUGUGGAGGUGGGCAUGCCGAGGAGCCCCUCGCACUCGGCCAGCGGCAGUGAGCUGAAGCAGAUGCUGGCCUCGUGCAAGAAGUCGUCGGGAAAACGGCAAGCCGUGGAGCUGCUGCAAGGCACCAAGAAUUCCCACCUACAUUCCGAUUGCCUCCUGUCGGACGCCGAGUCCAGUUCGUCCGACAGUCCCGUGGCUGACAAGCGGGCGCCGGGCAGCGAGCGGGCGGCCGAGAGGGCGGCGCAGCAGAACGAGAGGGAGCGCAUCAGAUUGGCCCCGCAGACCCCCUUUGCCAACAUGCAGGCAUUUGACUAUGAACAGAAAAAGCUGCUGGCAACCAAAGCCAUGUUGAAGAAACCCGUGGUGACGGAGGUGCGGACCCCGACGAACACCUGGAGCGGUCUCGGUUUCUCCAAGUCCAUGCCGGCUGAGACCAUCAAAGAACUGAGGAGAGCCAAUCACGUGCCCUACAAGCCCAGCAUGAGCACCACCUAUGAGGGUUCCGCGCUGUCCUUGUCCCGUGCCGGCAGCCGUGAGGGCGUGGCCAACGGCAGCGACUCGGACAAUUGGCGGGAGAGGAACGGCGCCUCCAACGGCCUGCAGGCCCACGCCGACUUCCCCGCCGCUGUGAGCAGCCCCAAGAGGAAGCAGAACAAAUCGGCGGCCGAACAUUACCUGAGCAGCAGCAACUACAUGGACUGCAUCUCGUCAGUGACGGGCAGCAACGGCUGCAGCCUCAAUUCCUCCCUCAAAGGUUCGGACCUGCCCGAGCUCUUUAGCAAGCUUGGCCUGGGAAAGUACACCGACGUCUUUCAACAGCAGGAGAUCGAUCUGCAGACGUUCCUGACUCUGACCGACCAGGACCUGAAGGAAUUGGGCAUCACCACCUUUGGCGCCCGCAGAAAAAUGCUACUGGCCAUCUCAGAACUGAACAAGAACCGGCGCAAGCUAUUCGAGCCCCCCAUCCGCUCGUCCUUCCUGGAAGGUGGCGCGAGCGGUCGCCUCUCCCGUCAGUUCCACGCCGACAUGGCCAGCGUCAGUGGACGGUGGUAAGCCCCCACCAUGCCGGCGGCGGCCCCCUUUUAUAUUUUUUUCCAUGGCGCAGCACCACCAUUUUUUGGGGGAGGGGGGGGGUGGAAGGGGUCAGCUCUCCCUCCCUCUUUUGGGCUCAGACUGUUGACAGCGCCAUCUUGUAUAAACAUCCAGUUGGAAGCCAUAGUUUGCCCAAGCACCCUGGUGGUUCCUAAAAGGGAUUCCUGAGGUUGAGCGUUCACUCCCGUCCGAGCCAUUGAGUCCAUGCGAAGCGUUUGUGCACUUCCAACAAAAGCGACUCCGCUAUUUCAAGGGACCAGGCAGAAUGAUUAGUUACAAUCAUUUUUACCCACCGACGCCGCUUGUUGGUGACAUGCACUUUACUUGUUACUAGACUUUUGCCUGUGAACGCCCUCCGUUGCUUAGAUUGGAAGAACAAGAACUAUGCAUUGGACUUAAAAAGCGCAGAUGCAUUAUUUUAUUUUAUUAUUGUCUUUCUUUUUUUUAUUUUUUUUUUUAACCAAGGCAAAUGUUUGUCAGCACUUAGUUGGGCCAAACAAAGUGCAAAGUAGGUCAGCGCACCAAAAGUGUACCAAAAAAGGGAAGCGUUUUGAUUGGGAGCGUGUACCUCCCCUGUGCGUGUUUAUGUUCAGCAGCUGUUCCGACAUGUCGCCAUUGUUUGUGUAUUUCCAAGACCAAAUUUUGUACUCUUUUAUGAUUUUUUUUUUUUUUAACUGCCAUGUUAAGGGAAAAGGGGCAGGAUAUAUAAUGGUAAUCCGUU